CCAACCAAUCGCCGCGAAUUGCUUAACGAGUUCUCCGAAGCCAUGCCUCGCUUCGGAGGCCCCUCUUCUCGUCUCCCAGCUCCAUAUGAUCAGAUUUUACAGGAUUACCAGCGCCUUGUUCGCAAUAGACGUCCGCGCAAUAAAGUCCAAAGGCCGCCGAAAAAAUAUCGUUAG